AUGGCCAAGAACCAGCUCUUCCUCCUCCUCAUAGCCGUCUCCGCCGUAGUGGCCUCUUCUGCCACUCCUCCCACCACGAGCAACUCCACCGCUCCAAGUCCAACGGCAUACGAGAUGCUGGGGAAGUACGGCUUCCCGCCGGGCAUCCUCCCGCAGGGUGUUCAAUCAUACGUCCUCAACGCAGACGGCUCCUUCUCGGUGUCCCUCCCAGGCGACUGCGUGAUCGAUGGCUACGUCUUUACGCUCCGGUACAAGAGCAGAAUACACGGGAACAUCAAGUCCAUGCUGAUUGACGGGCUGGACGGGGUGAGCGUCAACCUCGCGUUCAAAUGGGAAGGCAUUAAUAGCGUUGAACGGAGCGGCGACCGGCUGAAAUUCAAAGCAGGCGUGAUAUCGCAACCGUUCCCGGCUGACAUCUUCGCCGUGAGCCCACGCUGCAACUACAGCUGA